GCCAGACAUGUUUCGUCCGGCAUUGGGCGCCGUGGGGAGAAUCCUGCUGCGCAGCCAGGCCGCGGCGGCUAGGUCGCUGUCGAGGCCGGCCGGAGCUAGCAGGCUCCUGAGACACCUACACUCUCAGCAGGCGCACCUCGGGGAUGGUGCAGCAGCUACUGCUGGCCACCGCUUUGGCUUUUCUCGCAGCAGCUCCCUCAAACCCCAUGCUACGGCAAUAGCUGGAUGGUCUACCGCUGGUGCUGCAUUUUGGUACAUGAAGAGCCUCCCCUCGGAGAUCAACUGGCUCAAAGCUAAUGUUGUCCCGUAGGAUCACUGGGUCGCUGAGGUUGACUGGGUCGAGGCUGGUGCUGUCUCCCCCGUUGUGAGGAAACAAAACGGUUGUGGCAGCUGUUGGGCGAUGGCUGCUGCAGCCUCAGUCGAAGCUGCGCAUUACCUGAAUACCUUCCACUCAGUGUCAUUGUCUGUACAAGAGCUCAUUGACUGUGACACAAAGAGCUCUGGGUGUAAUGGCGGCCAAGCAAAAAAGGCCUUCAGGUAUAUGCAAGACAACGGAGUCUCGAGCGAAUCCUCCUACCCGUACAAGGCUCGGGGGAGUAAAUUGGGUUGCGAGCGAAACAAAACAGCAACAGCAGUAAGAAUAUCAGGGUUUCGAUUUGUCAAUCCAACCGAGGAUGCCCUAGAGAAAGCAGUGGCUAAGCAGCCCGUGGUUGUCUCUUUGCAAUGUCCCGAUGAUAUGGAUAGGUACUACAAAGAAGGCAUCUUGGAUUAUAAAGUUGUCAAGCCAGCCACGUUGCAUUCUGUGCUCAUUGUUGGUUACGGCACCGACUCCAAUGGCGUAAAAUAUUGGCGAUUCAAAAACUCAUGGGGACCAGACUGGGGCGAGGGCGGGUUUGGGAGGAUCCGCAGGCACGUUGGCUACAAGGGAGGUGUGUUGGGUAUUUUCAUGCGGCAAGGAGUAUAUCCAGUGGUUGAGAACUGAUUGAUCUUGCAUGUUGUAUCUUUUAUUUGUCAAAUUGUAUUCCCAACCCAGUUUCAUUGUUAGAAUACACAUUGGGUUUAAAGAUAGAGAUAAGGAUGUAGGGAUCAAUUAUGUUUAAACCCUGUAUUACGUGUCUUGUACUUCAGACAGCUGCCCCUUAUCUACUAUACAGAUAAGAGAGCGAUCCCCACUACUUUGAUUUA